CGGCUAUCUGACCAUUUUUUUUUACACCGAUACGACACGAUAUAGUAAAUGACCCUGGAUUAUCGAAUUACGCCUGAGGGAUUUGGAUUUCGGUGUUAGAGGUUUUUAUUUUCUCAAGAUUGACUCUGGGUCUUGGAUUAAUGAACUUAUAAAUAGGUCAUCAGUAGCAUCAUGCCAACGGCAUUCAAAAAACAGAAAUACUCCUCUAUCAGGAGUGAGUGUCUAAGCAAAGGAAUUUUAUUUGAAGACCCCGAGUUCCCGGCAAAUAAUAAAUCCAUAUUCUAUUCAAAGAUAGACACUGAAAUUGAAUGGAAACGACCUAAGGAGCUUUGUAAGGUUCCAAAACUAGUCGUAGAGGGCGUGACCUGUGACGAUCUCAACCAGGGAGAACUCGGAAACACGUGGUUUGUGACUGCGUGCGCAAGUCUGGCACUGGAAAAGAAACUAUUUGAAAAGGUCUUACCAAACCUGAAGGAACAGGAAUGGGACGAGAGGGCGGAGAAGAACAAGUACGCCGGGGUCUUUCACUUCCACUUCUGGAGGUUCGGGGAGUGGGUGGACAUCGUCAUAGACGACCGUCUGCCUACCAAGAACGGCAAACUCAUCUUCUGUCACUCAAAGUCACGGAACGAGUUCUGGAGCGCGCUACUGGAGAAGGCGUACGCUAAGUUAUACGGAGACUACGAGUCAUUGAAUGACGGACGUAGCGCAGACGCACUCGUAGACUUCACAGGGGGCGUGGCCGAGAAACUGGUGCUGACCAGACUAGACUUGAAUGACACUAAGAUAGUGGAUCAACUGUUCUAUAAACUGAAGGAGUCAUGUGAUAAUUCGGCCCUUAUGAACUGUAAUAUAGAGUGUCAGAAAACAGAGGUGGGCAAGGAACUGCCCAACGGGCUGAUUCUGGGCCACGGUUAUAACAUUACCAAGGUACUGGAGAGUAAGGUGGAGAAGAAGCUACAGGGGGCGGUGGGUAACAACAGUCUACAGAUGGUGAGGCUCGCCAACCCCUGGGGCAUCAAAGAGUGGAACGGGCCCUGGUCGGACGAUUCACCAGAAUGGUCUAAAAUUAACAAGUCGGAAUGGGAGAAAAUGGGAUUGAAGUUCGAACAAGAAGGCGAGUUCUGGAUGUCGUUCCAGGAUUUCAUGAAUACCUUCACCAACAUCGACAUCUGUCACUUCGUCAACACUAGCAUCAUCAGUAUUAAGAAGACGUGGAGUGAGGCCAUGUUUCACGGCGAGUGGACCGUGUCGGGAAGAAAUGGCGGGAACGACUUCAACUCAGCUACUUUCCUCAGUAACCCACAGUUUGUGUUUGACAUUAACGGACAGAAUGACCGUGUGAUGGUGUCCCUGGAACAACAUGACAUCAAGCCGGGCCGUCAGGAGCUGGGGAUACAGCUCAACACCAUAGGCUUCCAGAUCAUGAAGGUGGAAGAGAACAGGAAGUACAGGGUACACAUCGUGGGAGAGAAGGUGUUCGCGUCAGAGUACAGCAAGUCUAGGAGUGUGUUCGGCAUCAUGAUCCUCCCCAAGGGGAGGUACGUGGUGGUCCCCACCACCACCAGUUCCGACGAACUGGGGCCGUUCAUGCUCAGACUGUACACCGGAAGUAGCUCAGGAGCGAGGGAGCUAACCAUGGAGUGUCCGUCCAAUGGCUGUCCUUGUGCCGCUAACUUCGUCCUGGUUUCCACGGUAACCAUUGAAAGCUGCUCAGAGCUGGAAAUUCCACCCAAAUCAAAAGUCAAAACAAUGGACCCAUACGUAAAGAUAAUCUGUGAGGGGGAGAAGGUACAAAGCAUUGUGGUCAAUAACGAGAAAAACCCAAAGUUUGGUACCAAGGCCACCUUCUACAGAAAGAAAGUGGACCAGCCAAUAAUUGUCGAGGUGUGGAAUUGUAACACCCUUGUUGAUGAUUACAUCGCCGAGGCAAGGAUUGAAGAAAACGGAAACGAGAGCGGAAUCUCCAAAGAACUGCAGCUGUUCGGGCGGAAAAAGGAAGCCGCCAUGGAAAAGCCAGGAAAAAUGAAAAUACAUAUCUGUUCGAGUAACGACCUACAAUAUCUGUGAUUUGAGAGUGGCCAUUUUGGAAAUUCUAAUUUGCCGCUCGUCGCGACCAUAUUAGAAAAGUGUUCUCGUUCUAAAGAGAGAUUCCCUUUUACUUCUUCUAUAAGUGCACUUUUUGGAAUGCGGGAACACGAAUUUACUAAUUUAUUUUUUUGUUGAAUAUGGAAGCGAGGCCUUUGAAUGAUUGGUUAUUUGAGAAUGCUGUUUAAGCCAUUUUGAUGGAACAAUACCAAGAUCUGUGAUAUUGUUAUUUAUGUGUAUAUUUUGACGAAUUUUAUUUACAAAUUCCGAUGAUUGAUUAGAGCAAUUAUUAAUGUGAUUUUUGAGGUUAUCUCACAUGUGAUGAAUUCAUUUUUUUUAACUGUUGAGGUAUAUGUAUAUCAACAUAUUUUAUUUUUACCUUAUACAAAAUCCCAAACUGUGAUGAAAACAAACUUGUGAUUAUCCGUCCAUAGCUAGAAGGUUAUAUUGAUGUUCCGGGGUUUUUUUUAUUCCUUUUUUUACAUUUGUUCUGUUGUAUAUUUAUCAUAAUAAUUUAUCUAUUUCGUGAGAUUUAAUGUUGACUGCAAGUUUCGCAUAAUGAUUUCUAUUACUUAACUGAGCAAUGAAAGAAUAGGAUAUAGGAGAAUAUUUUUCGAAUAUUACUCAAAUUUUGGUUUGUUUUUGGGUUUUUUUAUUACAGAUAUCUCUUGAAAAUCUUAAAUUCAUGUCUUUAACCUACCUAUACAAGUUUAACUUUUUGAAUUGAGAUAUUUUAACUACAUUGUCGUGCUUACAUGCGACACUCUAGCUAUUUUUUAUGAAUUUUUGUCUUGUGUCCAACAUAUUUUGUUAUUUUAUGAAUAUCAUCAGAGUGAUAUUUAGAAUGAAUAAAAUAU